UCAUUACUAUGUUCCAUUGUUCCUCUGUACUAGACUUUGUCGUUGUUUGUUUAUCUCCAAAAUGAAAUGAAAUAAACUUUGGUUGUUAUAUUUAUAUGAAAAAACAGUAGUUCCUGAGACAUAAACAAUUCAUCCAGUGCCUAAUGUAGACCGGCACUUGAUUGCAACGGGAAGUCAGCAACAGUUGAAAUCAUUCUACUAUAAAACAAACAGAAUGACGAUCUGCUUCACCUAUUUUACGUUGUAAGAAAUGUCCGACUUCGAACUCUUACCCUUUGAGAUUUGCUGUUUGAUUUUUGACUUUUUAAGUGUCGCAGAUUUGAAAAAUGUAUCUCUUACUUGUCGUCGUUGGUGUCAUAUCGUAUUUUCCGAUAGAUACAUUCGACGGUUCAUGCUCAAAAUUAAUUUGCAUCGAUCGGAUAUUUCUAAGGUAGUGAAAUCGACAGGAUCGUCUGCCGUGACCGAUCAUUCGCGUGUUUAUGAGCCCAGUUCCUUUUCCUGUUCACUCUACCAACGAUGUCGAAUGAAUAAAACGAAAUCCAAAUGUGAACUGCGCCAGAUGUCGCUGGUGCUACGACGCUCUUGUCGUCACUACACUAAUAUUACUUUCGUGUGCGACAACCGAAGUGAGUUCACGGAUAACGUUUUCAAUGUAAUAUUGAAUCUCCUGAGACCAAGUGGUUUAGAACGUGUAGAGCUAUUGAAAAUUAUUCUUUCCUCCAAUUUAAACGUUCUGGUUACAAUACUGAAUAGUGCCAUAAGGAACAUGAUAAGGUUGAAGAGUUUUCAUUUAAUUUACGAUCCGCAACGUAGGCUACAAUGUGGAGAUCAAGUAAGACCAUGCGUAGUCAUCGAAAGUUCAACAAUCACGCACAUUGAGCUAAAGUCAGUUAUCCCAGAGCAAAUAAAAGUACCCAAACUGAACUCAUUGGAUGUUAGUUUACAACCUGGGAUAGCAGCUAUAAUUGAAAGUGUUGCGAACCAUUUAACGACUCUGCAGCUUCAACUAGAUUGCACCUCGGUAAACUGCGGUGAGGAAGAGAUCUACGCUCUUUCACUUGAACGUUUAAAAGUGUUGAAACUUAGCAGAGGUACCAUGAAUGAGUUCAGCUUCCCAAUCCCUGUUAGCUCCAAUAGACCAGGACUUAAACUACGUUUCUUUCGGCAUUUGAACAAACUGGAGAAGCUUAUUCUAGAGGAAAAGUACACAGCAGAAAAUAUUUUUCUCGCCAUAUGUGAAACUUCGCUCAACCUCGUAGAACUCAAAAUUGAUCACCUCAAGGUUAUCAACUGUACUGUUUUGGAUAGACUGUCGCUUUUGCAAAAUCUCAAGAUACUGGCUUUGCCUAACAUAUAUUCAUCGCAUGAGAUCUCUUUUCACUACGUUUAUCUGCCGAAACUAGAAAGUCUUCAUCUGGAGAUAUUUAAAGAUUCCUCUUAUUCGUUCAGCAAAUUCGUCAAUCUUAAACGUCUGAUAAUCGGGUCGUAUUCGUCGCAGGCUCCGGAAGUGAUUGAUAUUGUUUCGAUGUACAUUCAACAAUUGCGCGAGUUACGGUUAUACUUUCUUGAUUAUGCUGGUGUUCCAUCGCGAACAUUCCGCAAGUUAGCCUACCUAGGACAACUACGGAGAUUGGAACUAAUCAAAGGUCAUCUGCGACGGGAUGUAUUUGGUCGAUGCCCUCCGGGGUUGAGUGAGCUGGAAUCGAUCGUGUUCAACUGCUGCCAACUGGAUACGGAGCAGUUCGAUGGACUCCGUGAGAGAUUCCCCAAGUUGAAAGAUGUUCGAUUUGAGGAUUGCCUGGUACGCGGUCAAAUGCCGUAUUCGGAAGUAAGGCUGAGUUAUCGUUAAGCUUGUCAAUGUUAAGCGCAAAUUUCCUAGAUUUUAUCGUUAAUAUAAUUUUGUUGAAGCCAAACGUUGAGAUUAUGUAUGUGUAUUCAUUGAUAAGGAAAAGCAGGUAAAAAAAUGGCCGGAUUCUGGAACAUGGGUUUUAGACUUCAA